UCUGCACUAUGAAACUGACCAAGUACAUUACGAAUUUAUUUAUAAGAAUAUAUAAUAAUAAUACAAUGUUAUUAUUUUUAUUAAUAAUAUUGUCUUGUUUUAAAAUUACAAUGUGUAAAAAAUUACCACAUAUUAUAUUUAUACUUGCUGAUGAUUUGGGCUGGUAUGAUGUGGGUUAUCAUGGCUCGGGUGAUAUCAAAACGCAUAAUAUUGAUGCACUUGCUUAUACAGGUGUUAUACUGGAUAGAAAUUAUGUUACUCCACUUUGUACACCUUCAAGAAGUGCAUUGAUGACUGGAAAAUUUCCAAUUCAUACUGGAAUGCAACACAAGGUUUUAAUGGCAGCUGAACCUUGGGGUUUAUCAUUAUCUGAAAAAUUAUUACCCGAAUAUUUACGUGAUUUUGGUUAUCGUAAUCACAUCGUUGGUAAAUGGCACCUGGGACAUUAUAAAAUUAAAUACACACCAUUAUUUCGUGGCUUUGAAUCACAUCUUGGAUUUUGGACUGGGCAUCAAGAUUACUACGAUCACGUUGCUGUGGAAAAAAGUUUUUCAAAACAGCUAUGGGGCCAUGAUAUGAGAAGAAAUCUUGAACCAGCAUGGGAUUUAUAUGGAAAAUAUUCAACAGAUGUAUUUACUGAUGAAAGUGUUAAAAUAAUAAACAACCAUAAUAAAAGUGAGCCAUUAUUUUUGUAUCUCGCACAUACUGCUGUUCAUUCUGGCAAUCCAUUUAAGCCAUUAAAUGCUCCAGAUGAUUCAAUCAUUAAAUUCAACAACAUAACAAAUUACCAACGUCAAAAAUUUGCUGGAAUGUUGAGUAAACUUGAUGAUUCAGUUGGUAAAAUAAUUGAUACAUUAAAGAAAAAUUCAAUGUUAAAUAAUAGCAUUAUUGUAUUUACAACUGACAACGGUGGUGCUGCUAGUGGUUUCGAUUCAAAUGCAGCAUCGAAUUUUCCAUUACGUGGUACAAAAGGAAAUGUUUGGGAAGGUAGUGUCAGAGGUGCUGGUUUAAUUUGGUCACCAUUAUUAAAACGUCCUGGACGAACAUAUCGUGGAAAAAUUCAUAUUACUGAUUGGCUACCAACAUUUGUUGGUCUUGCUGGUGGUGAUAAGACAAAGCUACCAAAAAAUAUUGAUGGUCUUGAUGUUUGGGAUUCAUUGAAUAAUGAUAAACCACCAGCACGUCGUACAAUUGUUCAUACAAUUGAUGGAAAUCCUCAAUAUUUUGCAUCUGUAACACGUGACAACAUGAAAAUAAUUAAAGGAUCAAAUUAUCAGGGUAAAUGGGAUGGGUGGUAUGAGUCGUCAACUUGGAACUGGCCUUACAAUGUUGAUGCUGUCGUACAGAGUCAAGCUGGACGUGCUGUUGCAUCACUUGGUUUUUCAAUAACACCACAAGCUGUAUUUAAAUUACGUAAAGAAUCACAAAUUAAUUGUGGAAAAAAAGAUUCAACAUUGAGAGAAUGUUAUCCUCAAAGAUCACCUUGUCUUUUUGAUAUUGAUUUGGAUCCUUGUGAAUUAAAUAAUUUAGCUGUUAAACGACCAGAUUUAUUGGAGAGUAUGUUGCGUGAAUUACAUCGUUGGAAUUCAACAGUUGUUCCACCUAGAAAUGUCAAGCCAAAUCCAAAUGCAAAUCCAUCAUUUUGGAAUCAUCUUUGGACUAAUUUUGGUGAUUAUCCUUCGCCAGUUACAGCAUCAUCAUGACGAUUUUUUUAUAAUUUUUUUUUACCAAAUGAUAAUCGAAAUAUUUCGAAAUGAAUUUUUUUUUUCUUCACAAUAUAUUUUUAAUUUUAUUAUUUUUUAAUAAUUUUUAUAUCUAGCAAUAUAUUGUCAUCAAAAAAUAGUACACAAAUAAAUUUUUUCACAGUCGAAAAACUGCAUUUAAAUUAAAUUUUUCAAGUACUUGUUUAAAUUUAUAAAUCCAGUUUAAAUAAAUAUACAUUUCCUCGAAAAAAAAAA